UCGCAGAGGUUCCGGGAAGCGUAUUGCCGGUGCUGUGGGCCCUUGACUCGGCCCGGCGGGCAGCUCCCGGGAGCGGCCGGUGCUCGCCCCUUGCCGCCACCCGCUCUGGGGUUGGGUCCCGGAGUCCUGCAGCGGUCGGGGUGGUCUCGGCUCCUCGCUGGCCGCAGAUGGAAGACAGGUUGCAGACGGGAGCUGUCGAUAUUCAACCAGCAUGCCUUGGACUUUAUUGUGGGAAGACUCUACUAUUUAAAAAUGACUCAGCUGAAAUCUAUGGAGAAUGUGGGGUGUGUCCUAGAGGACAGAGAACAAAUGCACAGAAAUACUGUCAACCUUGUACAGAGUCUCCAGAACUUUAUGAUUGGCUCUAUCUUGGAUUCAUGGCUAUGCUUCCUCUUGUUUUACAUUGGUUCUUCAUUGAGUGGUACUCAGGGAAAAAGAGUUCCAGUGCCCUGUUCCAGCACAUCACUGCAUUGUUUGAGUGCAGUGUGGCAGCUGUUAUCACCUUACUUGUGAGUGACCCAGUUGGCGUUCUUUAUAUCCGUUCAUGUCGAGUAUUGAUGCUUUCUGAUUGGUACACAAUGCUUUACAACCCAAGUCCAGAUUACAUUACCACAGUGCACUGUACGCAUGAAGCUGUCUACCCACUAUACACCAUCGUAUUUAUCUAUUAUGCGUUCUGCUUGGUGUUGAUGAUGCUGCUUCGCCCUCUUCUGGUGAAGAAGAUCGCCUGUGGGUUAGGGAAGUCUGAUCGAUUUAAAAGCAUUUAUGCUGCGCUUUACUUCUUCCCAAUUUUAACUGUACUUCAGGCAGUGGGUGGAGGCCUUUUAUAUUAUGCCUUCCCAUAUAUUAUAUUAGUAUUAUCUCUGGUUACUCUGGCUGUGUACAUGUCAGCUUCUGAAAUAGAGAACUGCUAUGAUCUUCUGGCCAGAAAGAAAAGACUUAUUGUUCUUUUCAGCCACUGGUUACUUCAUGCCUAUGGAAUAAUCUCCAUUUCCAGAGUAGAUAAACUUGAGCAAGAUUUACCCCUUUUGGCUUUGGUACCCACACCAGCCCUUUUUUACUUGUUCACUGCAAAAUUUACUGAACCUUCACGGAUACUUUCAGAAGGAGCCAAUGGACACUGAAAGUGAAAUGCUAAAAACCUAAGACGUGUUCUUAAAAAGUAAAGGAAAAAAAAAUGUAUUAAUUGGGUUCUGUCAUACUUGGAAAUAAGAUUGUCAGUAUAUCUCUAUGUUUUUAGUUGUUUCUUUUUUCUUUUUUGACUUAGCAGACUUUAUGGUUAGAGUUGGCAAAUACAAAAUACCAUUAUACUCUGCUACAUAGUAUAAUACACUACACGCUUUGAGCACACUAUUAUACUACAAGCAUAUUCGGAAGCCCUCACCUCUGACAGCAGUUUAGUUAUUCUUUAGAACAAAAUCAUGUUUCUGUGUACCUAGCAAUAUGCUGUUCCCAUUUUUAUUAAGAAAGACUUUACCAGGCAUAAUCUGAAAUCCUUGCAUUGGCAUAAUUCUUUGUGCGUUCCUGUUGUGUUUCAAUUUGUUUUUAGAUUAUAAUGAAUUACAAAGACAAACAUGAGUGUGGGGUCUUACAGCAAAUGUGGAAAUAAAGUAUGUUGGUUUUCUUAUCUAUUUAUUUUAACCAAUACAGUAUUUUGAUCUAUUUUUAAAAAUAGGCAUAAUUUAGGUAACAGGUUUUCUGUUUGUAGGUAAUUUGUUUGGUCAAAGCCAUCUUUGGAUUAUUAUUCCUGUAAAGAAAAACAAUAAUAAAGUGCUUCACUACAAGAAAUCUCAAA